UGAGUUGUUUCUUUCACACCGUCGGAUUUGACAACUGGAUAAUGUCCACGUGGGGCAACGACACGUUAUAGAGUCAACGAGGGCUGUCCCGUCACGUGUAUUUGUCACGAGACUCGUAGUGGAGUUAUAUUAUUAGCAGAGCACUAAAUGGGCCCAUAUAAGUUAUAUUGGGCCGAUGUGGAAUCGCGUCGGCAACUCAUUAUUAUACGACGUCGCUUUGUAGUUUUGUUGCAUUGUUGAUUUUGUUUAGAUCAACGGCUCAGAUUCUUUUGUUUCUGUUUUCUUUUCCGUAGUUAUGAUCACAGGUGAUUACGAACGAAAUUGACUUACGAGAACAAUCCUUACUUUGCUGCGGCGGCGAUCGGAAUUUUCGAAAUGGAAGACGGAGAAGGUAUGAAUGCUGCUGCGGCGGACCUUGAAAGACUCCAAACUGAUAUUCUCCGUAGAAUCUCCCUUCUCGAGAGCAAUGUUCUCCCACAGGCUCCGUCGCCUUCUCUACCGGUUGAUGAAAACGAAACUGUGGCUCGCCUCUCCUCCAUUCUCCGUUCCGGCGGCAUUAACGACUUCUGCUUCAAGAGAGUCGCUCGAGAUUACUACGACUGGCCUCUCGAAUCUCGCCGCGACGUUCUCGGCGCUUCCUCUGUUGACCAUCUCUGCAAAAGCAUUGUUCUGGUUAAUACUCAAGCUUCAUCGGAUAUUGUGGAUUGCAGUGAUCGAAACAACUCAAAAUACUAUGUGGUUGUGGUUCAGUAUACAGCCAGAUUCAAUGCCGAAGCAGUAAAGCAGUUUCUUUAUUCACUAAAUGAGGGAAAGAUCCCAAAGAAAAGAUUUAACUUGAGACUUGCUCCUGAGGAGACAUCGAUUAAACUGACAGGGUUUGAGCACAAUGCGGUAACCUGUAUAGGUAUGAAGACAAACAUACCGGUGAUAUUGGAUGAGGCCAUAGCCAAACUUAAACCAGACUUCUUCUGGUUGGGUGGUGGAGAAAUCGAUCUGAAGCUCGGUGUCAGAACAUCUGAAUUCCUUGAAUUUGUGAAACCGUUCAUAGUUCCUUGUAGCUGAAAUCAAGAAUAUUUGUAACACUAUUUUUUUCUCCCUGUUAUCAAAUGUUACGCUUAGCUUAAGAUUUUAGCUUCAAUGAAGGUUUGUACCUCCCACACACAUUGAUAUUCUUUGUAAUGAUACUUGGGCUACCUGCUAAUUGGAGCUAAAUGGCGGUAAGAGACCAAGUCUACAUA